GUUCGGCGGCGGGCGAUGAGCUGCAGCUCCGAGGCCGACCCCGCGCCCGCGGUCCCCGCCGCCCCCGCGCCGCCCGGCCCCGUGCCAGCGCCCACCGCCGACAACAAGCCCAGCCCGGCCGCCGGCGGAAGUGGCGUCCCCGGGGCGCCUCCGAGCGCGGCGGGCGGCGCCGCGCGGGGAGCCGAGGGCGGAGCGGCCGCCGGGAGGGGGCCCGCGCCCGUCUCGGCCGCGGCGCCGCCCGAAGGAGCGAUGUCGAACGGCGUGUACGUGCCGCCCGGAGCCGCCAACGGGGAGGUGAAGCCGGUGGUGUCCGGCACGCCGCUCGUGGACUUCCUGCUGCAGCUGGAGGAUUACACGCCCACGAUCCCGGACGCCGUCACCGGGUAUUACCUGAACAGAGCGGGAUUCGAGGCCUCCGACCCGCGCAUCAUCCGCCUGAUCUCGUUGGCCGCGCAGAAAUUCAUCUCUGAUAUCGCCAACGAUGCGCUGCAGCACUGCAAGAUGAAGGGGACGGCCUCGGGGAGCUCCCGCAAUAAGAGCAAGGACAAGAAGUACACGCUGACCAUGGAGGACCUGACGCCUGCCCUCGCAGAGUACGGCAUCAACGUGAAGAAGCCGCACUACUUCACGUGAAGCCAGGGGCUGUUGCUGGGAACUUUUUUAGGGUUUGCUUCUGCACCAUUAAACCACUGCCUAGUUUUUU